CUCAUAUACGAGUGCACGGAGUCAGGAGUGACCGGAGUGACCAUCAAGCGUCGUUUUGUCGUGUUCAAGUCCCGUAAUUUCUUCGCGGCAGAAAAAAAAACAAAUUCUGGCUUGCAAUUUUGGUGCAUUUUUCAUCUGCAGCGUUUCCGCGUAGUGCCAAAGGGGCGGAGGAACGGGUAGUGUAUGAACGGAUAGGAACAAAAAAUCAAUUUGGCAGUGUAGGAUUACAUAAAGCCGCAUCAGCAGUUCGACAACAGACAGAACCAACAAACAAACUGUUCCGGAUGGAGUCCAUUCGUGGCCGUGUCGGAAGUCACGAAAGUUUCCUCGGAGGCGCCCAAAUUCAAUUGCUGGAUGAUUUUUGAAGCGAUCCAGCUCCGGCAUCCAACUCGUACUCAUCAUUCGCUUCAAUUGCAUUUACAUGAACAGCAGCAGCUUCGCAACCAGCACCAACAUAAUCCGCUCCAGCAUCGCUUCCUAGAGGAUAGGGAUUUAGACCAAGAUCACCAACAACAGCAGCAGCACUUUGAUCUAGAAUUUAAAUCUUUGGAUUUUAGUUUGACGAAGCGACUCCUUGCGGCGGUAUUUUUUCUGCUCGUGAUUUACGCUUGGAAGCAGUACAUUGACGAGGACGAAGAGUCCGAUACAAUUUACAUUUGAGAGAAAAAGGCAGAAAAAUCGAUUGGGAGCUAGAACUGGGUUUGGCAACAGGAUGGGCAGCACUAAGCGGGUAUCUUAUUUCUUCAAUCCGGAUGUUGGAAAUUUCCACUACGGUCCGGGCCAUCCGAUGAAGCCGCAUCGAUUAUCGGUGAUCCAUCACCUGGUCAUGAACUACGGGUUACACAAGAAGAUGCAGAUCUACCGGCCGUACAAAGCAAGCGCACAUGAUAUGUCACGCUUUCACAGCGAUGAAUACAUCGAGUUCCUACAGCGAGUGACACCUCAGAACAUCCAGGGUUUCACGAAGUGCCUAACAUCGUUCAACGUGGGCGAUGAUUGCCCGGUGUUCGACGGGUUGUUCGAGUUUUGCGCCAUGUACACUGGAGCGUCCCUCGAAGGUGCACAGAAGCUGAACCACAAUCAUAGCGACAUCUGCAUUAACUGGUCCGGUGGUUUGCAUCACGCAAAGAAAUUCGAAGCUUCUGGCUUUUGCUACGUAAACGACAUUGUGAUUGGUAUUUUGGAACUUUUGAAGUAUCAUCCACGUGUCCUGUACAUCGACAUUGACGUACAUCAUGGUGAUGGGGUGCAGGAGGCUUUCUACCUGACGGACCGGGUGAUGACGGUCUCAUUUCACAAGUAUGGCAACUACUUUUUCCCUGGUACGGGUGAUAUGUACGAAAUAGGAGCUGAAUCCGGACGGUACUAUUCGGUGAACGUUCCCUUGAAAGAAGGCAUUGAUGAUCAGAGCUAUGUGCAAGUAUUCAAACCAGUCAUAUCAGCCGUCAUGGAAUUCUACCAACCGACGGCAAUCGUUCUACAAUGCGGCGCUGAUUCAUUAGCUGGAGAUCGCCUGGGUUGCUUCUCCCUCAGUACAAAAGGCCACGGAGAGUGUGUUAAAUUCGUAAAGGAUUUGAACGUACCCACCCUUGUCGUAGGCGGUGGUGGCUACACCCUUCGCAAUGUUGCUCGAUGUUGGACAUAUGAAACCUCCCUCCUUAUAGACGAAACCAUUUCCAACGAGAUUCCCAUGAAUGACUAUUUGGAGUUCUUUGCACCGGACUUUACUCUUCACCCGGACAUUCCCAGCCGACAGGACAAUGCAAACAGCAAACAAUACUUGGAGGCCAUCACGCGGCACGUCUACGAUAAUAUCAAAAUGUGUCAACAUGCACCCAGUGUGCAAAUGUUCGACAUCCCUGAAGACGCCUUGCCGGAGGACGUCAAAACAAGCGAAGAACCCAAUCCGGAAGCGCGAAUGACUCAGGAAGAGGAAGACAAGCAUGUGGAACCGAAGAACGAAUUUUUCGACGGUGAAAACGAUAACGAUAAAAGUGAAAUUGAAACUUAGCAUUAGUGAGUUGCUUGGCGAGUUAUACUUUAAGUAGAAUUUUAAACUCAAUGCGGAUUACGAACAUUGCUCGACCUGAAAGGAGAGGACGUUCAACUGCAACGCAAGUAUGUCCGUUAAUGCAUAGGAUUUUAAUUACAUACACCUGCGCACCUCCAAUAAGCUUAAACGCAAAUCGUAGGCAGUACGAUUUUAAACUCAUUUUUAUAAUGAAACUAGUGAUUAAUAAAUUCAAUAAUCUUCGCAUAGUAA